AAUAUCGAAGUACCAGCUUUAUGUUUUGACUCAGUGGGAUGUGGGAUGGGUUGUCGGACUAUUUCGGACACUACUAAACUUGAUAUCGUUUGAUAUCAGCAUUUAUGUUGCUAACAUUUCAGAUUGUGCACGUAUACUCGUUGCAGGAAAUGAUUAAGAAUACGUAGCUGCUAUCGGAGACGGUCUGUAGAUUAGAACAUCUUCACGGAAACAAAACUUUACUAAAAACGAGACAAAUAUUAGCUACAAAGGAUGGCAAACACUGGGGUCUUACCGUUUGUGCGCGGUGUUGACUUCAGCAGCAAUGAUUUCAGUGGCGGAAAAUUUCCAGAGUCUGUGCGCUUAAUGACUGGAAUACAAUGGCUCAAGUUAGACAAAACAAAUCUAACAGAAAUACCAGAGGAAAUGGGAAAAUUGUUGAAAUUGGAACAUCUUUCUUUGGUAAAAAAUAAAUUGGAGCGUUUAUAUGGAGAGUUAACUGAGUUGGGGUGCUUAAGAACUUUGAAUAUACGGCAUAACAAUGUUAAGAGCAGUGGCAUACCUAUGGAAUUGUUUCAUUUGGAAGAAUUGACUACUCUUGAUCUCAGUCACAAUAAUCUAAAGGAAGUUCCUGAAGGCUUGGAGAGGGCACGAUCCCUUCUUAAUCUAAACCUCAGUCAUAAUCAUAUCGAAGCGAUUCCAAACACACUAUUCAUCCAUUUGACUGAUCUGCUAUUCCUGGAUGUGAGCAACAAUCAACUGGAGACUCUACCACCACAAACUCGUCGUUUAGCAAAUCUACAGUCGUUAAAUUUGAACCACAAUCCUCUGGGACAUUUUCAAUUGAGGCAGUUACCUUCACUUAUGAAUUUAACUACACUGCAAAUGCGAGAUACCCAGAGAACUGUAAAUAAUAUACCCUCAAGUCUGGAGAGUUUGACGAACUUGCAGGAACUUGAUUUAUCACAAAAUGAAUUGCCACGAGUUCCAGAUGCACUUUACUCACUGCCAAAUUUACGUCGACUUAAUCUUAGCGAUAAUCAGAUCACUGAACUUUCAACAGCAAUCGAUCUAUGGCAAAAACUUGAAACCUUAAACCUGUGCCGUAAUAAAUUGACAGCCUUACCUAAUUCAUUAUGCAAAAUUGGUACCCUGAGGAGGCUUUACUUGAACGACAACGAAUUAGAUUUCGAAGGUAUCCCUUCGGGAAUAGGGAAGUUAUCUUCCCUCCAAGUUUUCUCUGCUGCUAAAAAUCAUUUGGAAAUGAUACCUGAGGGUUUAUGCAGAUGUGGAUCACUGAAGCAAUUAAUUUUAACUUCUAACCGACUAAUAACAGUUCCUGAUGCCAUACAUUUACUUACUGAUUUAGAUCAGCUUGACUUGCGGGAUAAUCCGAAUUUAGUUAUGCCACCAAAACCGACGGAGGUCCAAAGAGGAUCGGGAAUAGAAUUCUACAAUAUUGAUUUUUCACUGCAGCAUCAAUUGCGACUUGCUGGAGCAAACGUCCCGGCUCCAGUUCAAACAGCUAAUAGCAGUAAAGACGUAAUCGCUCGUAAACUGAGAUUGAGACGAAGAAGAGAUCAGGAAGAAGCUGAUCAGGAUCAAGCUAAAAUUCUCAAGGGUAUGAAAGACAUUGCCAAGGAAAAAAAUAAGGAUAAAGGCUCUGAGGAUGCCAAGGCAGAGUCAUUAAAGCCAAAGAGGUGGGACGAAACGCUUGAAAAACCCCCACUAGAUUAUUCAGAGAUCUUUGACGACGAUGCAGGUCAGAUACCUGGCCUUGCAAUAUGGGAAAUCGAGAACUUUCUUCCAAACCAGAUCGAUGAAGUUGCUCAUGGUAAAUUCUACGAAGGUGAUUGUUACAUUGUACUCAAAACAGGAGUCGAUGAACAAGGCUCACUUGCAUGGUCAAUCUACUUUUGGAUUGGAGAAAAAGCCACGUUGGAUAAGCGUGCCUGCGCUGCAAUUCAUGCCGUAAAUCUGAGAAACUAUCUUGGUGCCCAGUGUCGCACUAUAAGGGAGGAACAAGGCGAUGAGUCAGACGAAUUUCUCUUACUUUUUGAUUCAGAAAUAACGUAUAUAGAAGGUGGUCGAACAUCUUCAGGCUUCUACACCAUCGAAGAUCCACCUGCUAUUGCAAGAUUGUAUCGAGUACAUGCUGCUGGUGCUUCAAUUCACUUAGAACCAGUUCCUGUAGCUAUUGAAUCUUUAGAUCCACAAUUCGUCUUCGUAUUGGACAAAGGAACAAAAAUAUUUAUGUGGUAUGGAACUAAAGCAAAGAAUACGCUGAAAUCAAAAGCAAGAUUGUUGGCAGAAAAAAUUAAUAAGAACGAACGUAAGAAUAAAGCAGACAUCAUAACUGAAACUAUGGGUUCUGAGACAGAUGAAUUCUGGAAAUCUCUUGAUGAAACCGGUGAACUAUCUGGAGGAAAUCCAAUCAUAGAACAUGUUGAUCCGGAAUUCACUCCAGUUACACCACGUUUAUAUCAAGUGCGACUCGGUAUGGGUUACUUGGAAUUGCCACAAGUUGAGGUGCCACAUGGAAAAUUGAUCAAUACUCUCCUGAACAAUCGUAAUGUUUACAUAUUGGAUUGCUACCUGGAUGUGUUUGUUUGGUUUGGUAAGAAAUCAACUAGACUAGUCCGUGCAGCUGCUGUAAAACUUUCGCAAGAAUUAUUCAAUAUGAUUGAGCGGCCUAAAUAUGCUAUGGUCACACGAUUGCAGGAGGGUACAGAAUCACAGAUAUUCAAGUCCAAGUUUACUGGAUGGGAUGAAGUAAUUGCAGUAGAUUUCACAAGAACUGCAGAAUCUGUUGCUAAGACAGGUGCAGACCUCACUAAGUGGGCGAAACAACAAGAUACCAAGGCAGACCUUUCAGCAUUGUUUAUGCCACGUCAGCCACUGAUGUCAGCUGUCGAAGCUCAAGGACUCAUGGCAGAAUGGAAUGACGACUUAGAGGCAAUGGAAGCUUUUGUCUUAGAAGGACGAAAAUUUGUUAGACUCCCGGAGGAAGAAUUGGGUUACUUUUACAGCGGUGACUGUUAUGUAUUUUUGUGCCGGUAUUGGAUGCCUUUAGACAUAAAUGGCAGUGACGAAGGGGAUGAUCAGUGCGAAGAUGAUUUUCAAUGUGUGGUAUACUUUUGGCAAGGUAGAGAUGCUGGGAAUAUGGGCUGGCUUACUUUUACAUUCAGUUUACAGAAAAAGUUUAAAUCUUUAUUCGGUGAAAAAUUGGAGGUCGUCAGAACACAUCAACAGCAAGAAAAUCUGAAAUUCAUGGCACAUUUUAAACGCAAGUUUAUCAUUCGCCAAGGAAAACGAAAAGAAGUGAAAACACCAAGUAAUAAUAAGGUUGAAUUUUAUCACCUCCGAAGCAAUGGUAGUGCCUUAUGUACUAGAUUAAUACAAGUUAAUCCAGAUCCUUUUUUAUUAAAUUCUGCUUUCUGCUAUAUUUUAAAUGUACCUUUCAACAAUGAUGAUGAAACUGGUAUCGUUUAUGUAUGGAUCGGAUCAAAGGCUGACAGUGAAGAAGCAAGACUUGUGGAAGAAAUAGCAGAGGAAAUGUUUAACAAUCCAUGGAUCAGCCUGCAAGUACUAAACGAGGGUGAAGAACCGGACAACUUUUUCUGGGUCGGCCUUGGAGGAAAAAAACCAUACGACACUAAUGCAGACUACAUGAAUUACACAAGACUGUUUAGGUGCUCAAACGAAAAGGGCUACUUCACAAUCAGUGAAAAAUGCACAGACUUCUGUCAGGAUGAUUUAGCCGACGAUGAUAUUAUGGUGCUAGAUAAUGGGGAGCAAGUAUUCCUUUGGCUGGGGUCUCGAUGUUCAGAAGUGGAGAUUAAGCUCGCUUAUAAGUCAGCUCAGGUCUACAUACAGCAUUUGCGUGUUAAGCAGCCGGAUAGGCCUCGAAAAUUGUUCCUCACUGCCAAAAGCAAGGAGUCUCGAAGAUUUACAAAGUGCUUUCAUGGUUGGGGAUUGCACAAACGACCUCCAGAGUAAAUGCCCGUGUAUAGAGACGUGUUGAAACACAGAGCUUCCAUAUUAUGUUUUACUUAUAAACUACUUUUUGCUCAUUAUUAUCAAGUUCGUACGUCAUUUUUUAAAUAUGCGAACAGAUAUUGUCCGCGUAUUUAAUUAACACCAAUCAUGUAACGUUUACAUAGAUAUUUGAUUGUUUCAGUUGUUAAUCCAUUUAUGCAUUCACAUCCGUAUUAUUUUUUUGCCUUGUAUGCUUUUAUAAUUAUUCCUCAUCAAUAUCAUUUUAUUGUAAUUACAUUUAGCUCUCUUAUGUAAUUCUGCAAUUUCUUUAUGUGAUAUCUUAGUAUUUCUUUUUAAUAAUUGGAUUUCAAUUUUUUGACAUCGACAACAACCGUAGUCUUCCAUAUGGUCUACUUCUGCAGGA